AUGUCUGUAGUCAUCCCUGCUAGUAUACCUAGUUUCACACCUCUGACAAGGAAACUGAGUGUUUUACAGAAUGACUCUGCCAAGUUCACCUGCCAUGUUGAAGGAAGACCUACUCCAACCAUAACAUGGACCUUCAAGGGAUCAGUGUUGACCAACAGAGACAAAUACACCAUCAAUGAAACUGAGGGAAGCCUAGUGAUCAACAAUGUCAAGAAAGUGGAUAGCGGAGAAUAUGAAUGCAGAGCCGAAAAUGGAGAAUAUCAUGAGGCAACGGGUAGUGCAACCCUGACAGUGCUAGGUACUCUUCUAGAUGAUUUUCCACCUUUCAUAGUGGAACAGCCUGAAUCGGUUACUGGAGACCAACGUAUCCCAUUAACUCUAAUGUGCAGAGCUAUUGGAAUACCAGAACCUACGUACUACUGGGAGAAGGACGGUUCUUUAUUUGAUGUGGACAGCAAUGAUCACGCUAGCCUGGAUGGGGGGAACCUAGUGAUCGAAUCAUUAACAACAGCAGACGAUGGACAGUACCAAUGUUUUGCUAAGAACAGGCUUGGUACAGCAAUGUCCCAGAAGAUUAGGACAUCAUUGGCAUUCAUGGAACAGUUUGAGAACACUGCACCUGCAAUGGUACAAUUGAGCCAGGGACAACCCCUGAAGCUCCGUUGUGGUGGAUCCCCCGGUGUCCCUAAUGGCAAUCCUGCUCCCAUGAUUUACUGGACCGAUGCAGCUCCCAAACCCACACCCAUCACAUACAAUGCACGGAUUAACCAGGAUCCACAAGGGAACCUGAUUUUUUCAAACGUUAUUGCAAGCGACGCUAAAGGCUACUACUGUCUAGCCAUCAAUAACGUUGUAGGGUUGUUUCAGAGGUCACCAAAAAUCACGCUGAGUGUAAUAGAUUUGCCAGCAGUGGCAAGUGCAGCCCACUUAGACAGUCACCCAGCAGCAAGCGAAGUUGCCAUUAGAACUCAGUCAUUUAAGCUGAAAUGCAUUGCUUUUGGAUACCCAACCCCUGUAAUCACAUGGAAGCAAGGAGAGGAGCAGCUACAGUCUGGAGGACGAGUAUCUAUUGAAGAAUCCGGGCAGGCGCUGGUCAUCUCCGCUGUUGAGAUCAGUGACGAGGGAACGUAUACAUGUGUUGCAUCAAACACAGGAGGGGAUGAUGAAUUCAGCACAAUAGUUACUGUGGAAUCUUCACCAUAUUUCCUAGCCCCACCCUCCAAUGAAACCAAGGGACCUGGUGAAUCAGUGGACAUUGAAUGCCGUUCUGAGGGUGUUCCACCGCCCACUGUUGAAUGGCUUGUUAAUGGACAAACUUGGGCUGAUUUUGAAUCCAACAUAGAUACAGAAAGAUGGACUGUGGUGACUGGAGACCCCCAGUUAGCAACCAUAGCUAUCACAAACCUACAUACAACAGACAGCAAUUUGUUCCAGUGUAUAUCUACCAACAAGUACAAAGAGGAACUCGCCAGUGUUGUACUCAAUGUAGUCUCUUUCCCUGCUAGGAUAACUAGUUUCACGCCUCUGACAAGGAGACUAAGUGUUGUAGAGGAUGACUCUGCCAAGUUCAUCUGCCAUUCUAAAGGAAGACCUGAUCCAACCAUAACAUGGACCUUCAAGGGAUCAGUGUUGACCAAUGGGAUCAAAUACACCAUCAAUGAAACUGAGGGAAGCCUAGUGAUCAACAAUGUCAAGAAAGUGGAUGGCGGAGAAUAUGAAUGCAGAGCAGAAAAUGCUAUUGAUGGAGAAGAUUAUGAGGCAACAGGUAGUGCUACCCUGACAACGCUAGGCAAGACAACAAUUUACCUUUCUCCUGCUAAUUUGAUGAUUCGAGAGGGCAAUACAGCCACUUUUCAGUGUGAAAUAACGUAUGACGAGGAGCUGAUUGAACCCUAUGUCUACUGGAUGAAAGAUGGUCAGAGACUCGAGGCUAAUCAGGACAAUUCCCUGAGAAUAGAGAAUGCCUUUUGUACUCAUUCAGGAACCUAUACAUGUGUUUUCGAAGCAACCAUUGAUGAGAGUGCAGGCACAGUUCAUUCAGUGAAUGCCUCUGCUAAACUCAUUGUAAAAGGUCGGCCUGAAUCUCCUCAGAUUCUGAUGCUUCGAGCCAAGCAACAGGAGUUUGCAAUGGACCUUUUCUGGGAGCCUGGCAAUGAUAACAAUGCUCCUAUCCAAUAUUACAUCAUCCAGUACGACACCAAGUGGGCAGAUAUGCACUGGCAAUUCCAAGCAAACGAGACAUCUAGUGGCCUUGCAAUCUAUCGCAAAGUGCUUUACCUGCAGCCGUUCGUAGACUAUCAGUUCCGAGUCAUUGCUGUGAACGAGAUUGGGGAGUCUGAACCAAGUGCGGAGGUAGCCCCAACGGUCGAUCCUCAAGUUGCCCCACCCUCUGAAAAUCCGAGCGGAGUCAGCGGAAGUAGCACAAGACCCGAAGCAAUGGUCAUAAGAUGGCAGGCAAUUCACCCCUUCUACUACGGUGGGGAUGGUUUCCACUAUGAGGUCGCAUACAGACCCAGGAUUUCAAGUGAACCAUUCACAAAGGCUACAGUAGACCCAGAAAACACUGAUGAUAAUCCUACUGGAAUCAUCCAGAAUUACAUCGUAAAUGCUAGUCAACUUUGCGAGGAGUUUGAGUUCUCUGUACGAUCAGUGAAUAGUGGGGGACCAGGACCCGAACCAGAGAUUCAUCAUGGGUUCCCUGGAAAAGCUUGUCGGCCUGAAUCUCCUCAGAUUCUGAUGCUUCGGGCCAAGCAACAGGAGUUUGCAAUGGACCUUUUCUGGGAGCCUGGCAAUGACAACAACGCUCCUAUCCAAUAUUUCAUCAUCCAGUACGACACCAAGUGGGCAGAUAUGCACUGGCAAUUCCAAGCAAACGAGACAGCAAGUGGCCUUGCAACCUAUCGUAAAGUGCUUUACCUGCAGCCAUUCGUAGACUAUCGGUUCCGAGUCAUUGCUGUGAACGAGAUUGGGGAGUCUGAACCAAGUGCGGAGGUAGCCUCAAGGGUCGAUCCUCAAGUUGCCCCACCCUCUAUAAACCCGAGCGGAGUCAACGGAAGUACCACCCUAACAUCGACGGUCAUAAGAUGGCAGGCAAUUCACCCCUUCUACUACGGUGGGGAUGAUUUCCACUACGAGGUUGCGUACAGACCCAGGCUGUCAAGUGAACCAUUCACAAAGGAUUCAGUAUACCCAGAAAACACUGAUGAUAAUCCUACUGGAAUCAUCCAGAAUUACAUCGUAGAUGCUAGUAAACUUUGCGAGGAGUUUGAGUUUUCUGUACGAUCAAUGAAUAGUGAGGGACCAGGACCCGAACCAGAGAUUCAUUAUGGGUUCCCUGGAGUAGCCUGUUUGGCCAGUGACUUCCCAGACCAGGCCAUCAACCAAGCCUCUAGGGAGCUUGUCCAACAACAUUCUGGUGCCUUCCAACAAGAACGCGCAUCCUAUCCUACAAUUGGUAACAAUACUUGUAGACUUCGAGCUAUAUACUAAUCUUUGUACAAGGCAUAUAUUACCAUUGUGAUGAUUACUCUUAUUAACUCCAUAUUAAAAUGUUAAAGGUAAAGACCAGUAUUGGAAAUGCCCCAAUUUCAAAAAAUGAAAUGGAAGCUCUUAUUACCAAU